AUGAGGUAUUAUUAUGAAUUUUCAAUACGAAGAUAUACUUGGAUAUUUAUAUUAUUUGUAAUUUUGGACAUAUCUAUAGCAGAUUCUUAUAAUUCCACAUUGUUUAAUGAUAUAUAUACUCCUUUAAAUGCACAUAGAUGGAAAACUUGUAGCCUUCCAGAAAUAAAUUGGAGACAUUUAUCAAUUGAACAGAAAAGUAGGUCUAGUGAGGAGUUGCAUCAUAUUACAAAAGUGAAAGGAGAUGAAUUUGAUAUUCUGAUUAUGACUCUAGAGGCUAGAUUAAGUAAGUAUCAGGAAGAAAAUAAAAAUAUAUAUGACUUAAAUGAAAAAUUGAAGAACAAAUUAUCAAAUUUUAGGAAUUUAUAUUUACAACCAGAAAUUCAAAGUAUUUUAGGACCAGGUUUAAUGGAAUUAAAUAAAACAAGAUAUUUAUUAAAUUAUGCUUGUUCAUUACUAAAUUCUGAAAUUGAAAACUCAUUCAUAAAUGAUGCUAAUAGUAACAAAAGUAUAGUUGAAAUAUUACAAACACCCAUUAAUGAUUUAAUUCUGGAUUUGGGAACUACUAGUUACAUUCCUACAAAAAUUGCAAAGGGAUAUAGAUUACUAGCUGCUUAUAGAGAAAGAUCGAAUGUAAUUAGUGAUAUUUUAUCAGAAAUAGAUGAGAAUAUAACUAAUUUAAAUGUAUUGGUGUCUGUUUGGGAUAUGAUAAUUAGUGAAAUUGACCUAUUAAUUCAAAAUCACUUUAAUCCAAUAUUAGAUGAUGAAAAAUAUAAUUGUCAAAUUAAUAAGGAUAAAUCAGAACGAAAUCGCCGUUGUCCAACAUCUAGUUAUGAUAUGCAAAGUGAGAUUAUAAAUUUAAAUAAAAAAAUAAAAAAGAGUUUAAUUGAUAUUUAUGAGGAUGGUAAAGGUAUAUUGAUUAAAGUAUUAUCAUUUGAAAAAAUAGAUUUAGAUUCACUUUGUAUUAAGGAAUAUGAAAUAUUAUGGAAAACAGAAUUUUUACCUUCUAUAAAUAGAAUAAUGACUACGUCCUUUCCAAAAUAUUUAGAGGAAUUUGAAACAAUAGUAACAAUUGAUAAAAGUGAUCCAAUAAAAGAAGCAUUAAGUUUGAAGACUACAAUAGAAUCAUAUAAUAAAAUAUUAAAUGAAACUUCAAAUAGGAUUGUUGAAAAUUGGUCAAUCUUAAAAUAUAUAACAAGUACUAAUAAAAUUAGUGAUUUGAAAGUAAUUAAUAUUAACGAAGACUAUGAUACUUUAUAUGAUAGUAUAAGUGCAACAAUAAAAGAUAUUAUUGUAAAUAUGACUUAUAUAGAUCAAAAUUUAGAUAAACAUAUAGAUAAUUUUAAAGAAGAUGAUAAUGGUUUUAACAUUAAUUUAUCAAUUCAAACUAUGGUUUGUUUAAAGAAAAUAUAUGAUGAUUACGGAACAAAUUAUCCAUUGAAAUUUGAUACCCAUAUAAAUAAUAAUCAAUGUAUUGAUUUAUUUACAAAAUAUUUACCAAAAAGUAAUCAUGAUAAUGAUCCAGUCUCUACCAGACAAUAUGAAUUAGAAAAAUUGAUAUCAUUUUUACACCCAAGUUCAUUAAAAUCUUUUAAUAAUGAAGAUAAUAUGAAAGAACAGAUUUCACCAAUAAUUUUACUAUUAGAAGAGCUACAAAGAGAGAUAACUGAAGUAGAAUUGGAUGAAAAUUUCAAACAAAGGCAGUUAAAAAGAAGAAAAUAUCUAAUGGAUAUUUCAAAUAAUUUUGAUAUAUCUAGGGAAUUAUUUGAUCAGAAUUUACGUGAUGUAAGAUAUUAUUUAGAGAAAAAUGUUCAGUUAUCAUUCAAGAAAGUCGAAGAAUAUGCAAAUCAAGUUGAAUCUAUCAUUAAUGAAUAUAUAGUUAAGAUAACUGAAACAUAUGAUCAUAUAAGUAAUGCAUUUAAUGAUACUUAUAAGGAUAUUAUUAUUUUACUAAAUGAAAUGGAAAUAAAUAACCAAAAUAUGCCGAUUCCAUUUUCAUAUGUCCCUAUAUUAGAAAAGUUACAAUAUCAGAUAGAUGAUAUUAUCACAAGAAUAAAUAUAAUAGAGGAUCGUACAAGCAGGAUUAAUUUGAUCAGUUUGGUUCAGGAUCUUAAAACUAAUUUUACAAAUUUGAAAAAUAGUGAACUUGAGUUCCAACUGCUUUGUUCAAAUGUUUCAUCAUUGUUAUAUGAUCAAAGUACCUAUCCACUUCAAAUUAUACUUGCUCAAACUGACAUAUACUCAAAUAAUUGUCAAAAUUUAGAAUUAGGUCAUCAAAAUCUUAAUUCAAAAAACAGUGAAGUUCAGUCUAUUAAUUCCAACAAUGAAUUCCAGUAUAAUAAAUUAGAUAUUCAGUUACUAAGAGCAAAAUAUAAAGAUAUUCUUAAAAAUAUAGGAAUUAUGAUAAGUAAAUAUCAGCUUGGAAAAAAAAUGUAUACUGAACUCCAACUAUUUGAAGGUUCUCUUGUUAAUAAUAUUAAGUCAAUUGAAAAGAUUAUUGAUGAAAAUAGUAAAUUUGAAGAUAUACCACAAGAUAUGAAACUUAAAAUACAAAAAUAUAGAAAAUUAUCUACAAAAAUAUUAACAUCUCUUAUUAAUCUUCAAACAAGGCAGUAUAUAUCAGAUAAUGAAAUACUAAAAAAUAUUGUAUUUAUUUUAGAUAAUGUUAUAUCAAAAUAUACUCAACAAGUUAAACAAUUCAAAGUUGAAAAUCAGCUUAAUAAAUCUCAUUCAUUUAAAAAACUUAUAAAGAGAGUUUUUAAAUUUGAAAAGUAUAUAAAAGCAAAAAGAUAUUAUAAAAAAAUGAAAAGAUUAUCAGAACUUAUAUUAGAUGAAAGAAAUAGGAAAGUAAAAUAUAUUAAUUAUAAUGAAGAACAGUUAGAUAUUAUGAAUAAAAAAGUACAACAAAUUAUAAAUGAUCUUCUGUGUAAUGAUUCUCAACUUUUAUUAAAUCAUCCAGAUUCUACUAAAAAUAUUUUAACUAUUGAUAGUAAUCAUGUAAACAAUACAGUAAGUUCUAUAUUUACAAAAUUAUAUGAUAUUAUAUAUAGAUCUACAGAAAUUGAAUAUAUUAAAUCACCACGUCAUAUUUUACAAUUAUUAAAAUCAUUGGAAGAUAUCUCAAUUCAAUAUACCCAGUUAUUUAAAAAAAUUGAAUUAUAUAGAAAUCAAUCUAUUAGAUUAUAUACUGAACAACAACAAACUUUAAAUGAUAUUAAAUAUUUAAUUAAAAAUAUUAUUGUAGCAACAAACAUUGUUAAAAUAUAUAAAAAACUUCCAAGCAAGUUUCUUAAAUAUAUAUCAAAUAAAUCUCCAGAUUAUUUAGAAUUUAUUAACCAAGUUAAUAUAAGAGGAUGGAAUAUAAAUCAAGCUGCAAAAAGACUACCAGAAUCUAAUUUAUUGUAUGCUAGUAGAAAAUAUAUACAGAAUAUUAAAGAAUAUGAACAAUUUCAAGAAAUUAUCCAGGCAGAAAUAGACAAAUUGAAUAUUCCUAUUAUAGAAUUAACAAACCGAGAUAAAAUCAUUUUAAUUAUAGUUCCAGAGCAAAUCCUCAGAAAUUUGGAAUAUAAUUUAGAAACUCAGCAAAUUGCACUAAUUAAUAAUGAGAUGAACAGAACAUUACAACCAAAUUAUACCUCAAUACAUGAGUUAUUAAAGGAUUUAAUUCAGAAAAGGUCUAAGUAUAUUACACAGAUGACAAGGCAAGAGUUAAUAGUAAAAGAAGGUAAUUGCAUGGAAGAAAAAUGA